UUGAGCUUGUUCAGUCAAAUGAAGUAGCCUCCAGUGGCCAUAUGGAGUUGGAAGGGCUGAAAAGGACACUAAAAAACCUCCAUGACAGUGGAAUCGCAGUGCUUGAGAUCGUGACGGACCGCCAUCCACAAGUGCGGAAGUACUUAAGGACACACCAGCCUCCUCUGCUCCAUCUUUUUGAUGCAUGGCAUGUCAGCAAAGGCGUCAAAAAGCAGCUUAUCGCUGCUGGCAAGCACCGAGGCUGCGAAUUGAUUGGCCUCUGGAGGCGGUCUGUCAUAGCACAUCUCUACUUCGCCGUCGGAGUUGGAAAGGGCAAUGGGGAUCUUGCCAUAGCUGUGUGGCUCUCCCUCCUGAAUCACAUCCAGGACAAGCACACUGGACACGGCCUGCUGUACCCGGAGUGCAAGCAUGGGGAGCUGGAGCGAAGGAAGUGGAUCUUGCCAGGCACGGAUGCUUAUGACAGGCUACAUGCCAUUGUCACAAGCAAACGGCUUCUGGAUGACAUCAGGCAGGUGUCGCCCAAUUUUCAGACAUUUGGCGUGGAGUCAUUCCACUCCAUAAUAAACAGGUUCGCUCCAAAAUGCUAUGCAUUUUCGCAUCAAGGGCAGCUGGCCAGGUGUCUGCUUUCCGCCCUUCAUUACAAUGAAAAUUCGGGAAGAAUGCAGGCAGCAACGAAGAAAGGGGAUCUGCGAUGGCAGAUAAAGCAUCCAAAGGCGAGGGGAGGCGAGCCUGUUGCUUGUCCCAUCAGAGAACUGCCCACUUAUGCCUACGUGAACCAUCUUCUGUCUGCUGUCGAGGAGCUGCUUGCUUGUGGCAGUAAAGGUGGAACGGAUGCCACGCCACAGCCACCACACUUGUCAGCUGCCUUUGGGCCAGUCGACAAGGUGGCCAUUGUCGAAGCCCACAAGUCACGUUUCGCAGGCAACUGAAAGCCAGCUGACAUCUUCGUCUUCUCCUGCUGAGCUGAUAUUGCUGACACUGUUUGCAACUAGCGACAUAGUGAUAGACUGUCUCCCCCAUUCUGGGCCUGUAAAGCGCUCCCGUUUCUGCUUCAACAUUCUGAUGAACCCUAGAUGGCAAGCGGUCGCAUCAUCAUGCAUAGCCCUAAAUAUGUCCAAUUGCGGAUUCUGUAGUAUCACCAGAAUAGGAAUACCUGGAGUUUUACAUCCCAAAACCAUGAUAGGAUUAUGAGGGACACCGUAGUGGAGAACUCUGGGAAUUUCGACCAUUUGGUGUUCUUUAACGUGCACUGACAUUGUACAGUACACUGGCCUCUAGCGUUUCGCAUCCAUCGAAAUGCGACUGCCGCGACCAGGAUCAAACUUGCAACGGAAGCAGCUGCAUCGUGUUGGUUGAUUUACUGAACACAACCAGCACAAAGCUGUUACGGUUACUGUUGAACUUCGUUUAUUCGCAGGACAGAUGGUCAGGCAAAUAUGGCGUCGUUGGGCUGCACCAGCUCACGUAUUCUUACUGUUGUCCUGCUCGGAUAAUACCGUUGCAAUAUUUCCUUAUGGAACUGCUCCCUUGGUUUAUUUCAUUUCUGCCACCAUCCAUCGCUGGAAUUUUCUGUGAGAACUGUGGAGAAAGAGUUUUGAUUGUGCUGUCAUUGUAUAAUUUUUAUCAGCGACAUGUUCAGUCUCUUGGGCAGAAGUGCUUUGUUCUCUAUCAAAGUCGGACUAUUAGGCAGGUAAUUUCAGCGAUCCUGCUUAACACUUGAUCAUUGUAAUCAGCUUCUUUUCCAUAUAACGCUUUCAGUUCUCUGGCAGGAAUGUGCAACACAAAUAUUUCGUGCAGCUUGCACAGCUCAUUGUUGCCAGGAGUCAGCUACUAUAUUCCUUGGAACUUCUUGCGUUAGAACACAGAAUGAAUUCAGCUGACACAGUAGGUCACUUGUUGACACAGGGUGUUUUUUAAUCUGUGGUGACGUGACUGAUACCUCAACUGAUAAUGUAAUGGCUCAUCAGGCAGCUAAGCAUCAGGCAGCAUUGAGCAGCUAAGGAUGUCAGUUUAAUGCCGUUUUUCAGGUUCCUGUUCGCUUCUUACAUAGUCCGUGAGGUCAAGACGACUGCAUCCUUUCAGAAAUUUGGAGAAUGUAUUCAGUGCUACGUGUACAGGCUUGGCAACUCUUUCUGUUUUGUUAUUUUUACGUUAGCGACCAAGGCCUUUGCCUCUUUUUUUUUUUUUCGCACUCAUUGUCAGAAUAAGUGUUCUUUUCGUGCAUAGCUAUGCCGUGUACCCCACUUCUUGAGACUGGGUGUUGUUGAACGUGCAGUUCUAAUGAUGUACUAGCUCGUCAGGGAGGACAUUGAGCAGCUAAGGAUGUCAGUUUAAUGCCGUCUUUCAGGUUCCUGUUCGCUUCUUACAUAGUCCGUGAGGUCAAGACGACUGCAUCCUUUCAGAAAUUUGGAGAAUGUAUUCAGUGCUACGUGUGCAGGCUUGGCAACUCUUUCUGUUUUGUUAUUUUUACGUUAGCGACCAAGGCCUUUGCCUCUUUUUUUUUUUUCGCACUCAUUGUCAGAAUAAGUGUUCUUUUCGUGCAUAGCUAUGCCGUGUACCCCACUUCUUGAGACUGGGUGUUGUUGAACGUGCAGUUCUAAUGAUGUACUAGCUCGUCAGGGAGGACAUUGAGCAGCUAAGGAUGUCAGUUUAAUGCCGUCUUUCAGGUUCCUGUUCGCUUCUUACAUAGUCCGUGAGGUCAAGACGACUGCAUCCUUUCAGAAAUUUGGAGAAUGUAUUCAGUGCUACGUGUGCAGGCUUGGCAACUCUUUCUGUUUUGUUAUUUUUACGUUAGCGACCAAGGCCUUUGCCUCUUUUUUUUUUUUCGCACUCAUUGUCAGAAUAAGUGUUCUUUUCGUGCAUAGCUAUGCCGUGUACCCCACUUCUUGAGACUGGGUGUUGUUGAACGUGCAGUUCUAAUGAUGUACUAGCUCGUCAGGGAGGACAUUGAGCAGCUAAGGAUGUCAGUUUAAUGCCGUCUUUCAGGUUCCUGUUCGCUUCUUACAUAGUCCGUGAGGUCAAGACGACUGCAUCCUUUCAGAAAUUUGGAGAAUGUAUUCAGUGCUACGUGUGCAGGCUUGGCAACUCUUUCUGUUUUGUUAUUUUUACGUUAGCGACCAAGGCCUUUGCCUCUUUUUUUUUUUUCGCACUCAUUGUCAGAAUAAGUGUUCUUUUCGUGCAUAGCUAUGCCGUGUACCCCACUUCUUGAGACUGGGUGUUGUUGAACGUGCAGUUCUAAUGAUGUACUAGCUCGUCAGGGAGGACAUUGAGCAGCUAAGGAUGUCAGUUUAAUGCCGUCUUUCAGGUUCCUGUUCGCUUCUUACAUAGUCCGUGAGGUCAAGACGACUGCAUCCUUUCAGAAAUUUGGAGAAUGUAUUCAGUGCUACGUGUGCAGGCUUGGCAACUCUUUCUGUUUUGUUAUUUUUACGUUAGCGACCAAGGCCUUUGCCUCUUUUUUUUUUUUUCGCACUCAUUGUCAGAAUAAGUGUUCUUUUCGUGCAUAGCUAUGCCGUGUACCCCACUUCUUGAGACUGGGUGUUGUUGAACGUGCAGUUCUAAUGAUGUACUAGCUCGUCAGGGAGGACAUUGAGCAGCUAAGGAUG